CUUCUGCUUCACUUCUAGGGAUCCAGGGAUCCAGGAAUUAUGGGGGCCAUUCUACUGUUCAGCUGUCUCCUCUCUUCCAUCAUAGCCAGAGGUUCCUCCCUGCAGUGCGUAGAAUGUAUGAAUCAAGAAGGUGAGACCUGUACCGGGGCCUUGGUGACGUGUCCAAGUGGGGACUAUGUCUGCUCCUCAACCUACACCCUGACCAUGAUGCAGGGGGCAGGUACCAGCAAGCAGUUUGUCAGACAGUGCGAAAGUCGAACGAGUUGUGGGAAAGCCGGAAGCAUCACCAUGCCCGGGGGCAGGAUUAAAAGCAACUCCGCAUGUUGUUCCACCGAUGGCUGCGAUCCCGGAACCAUUUCAUUUCCACCCGAUAAAACUGGAAAGAACGGGCAAGUUUGUGAAAGCUGCUUAGCUAUUGGCUCCGAGACCUGCAGCUCGGUGACCCCUAUGGAAUGUACCGGAGAAGAGACCAGUUGUAUCACACAGAUCACUUCCAUAACAGGUCUGGUAUCCACUAAAAUGGCUAUUCGAGGUUGUUCAACAAAAGAGAUCUGUGAUGUUGGAAGCCUGGAUACAGAUCAGGAUGGGAUGAAGAUGAAGAUCACUGUCACGUGCAGUAAAGCUAUUGGCCUUCAGCAGAGCCUGUUCCUUCUGGCUCUAUCUGGACUUGUUCUUCUGAACCUGUUGUCUUAGGACCAUGGGCAGUUCUGUUUCUAGAUUCACACAUAUCUUGCCUGUCACUAUAUGACUGUAUACCAACACUUAUGAUAAAGAUUUAAAUUCGUUUUAGUGCAUCACAAAUGUUUUGAUCAGAAAUUUGAUCAGAAAUUUAUUUUCCAGAAUGUAUCAUCUGGAAACCCCUACAAAUAUAGAUAUCUGGUAUGGCCAGACACACUUUCCCCUGUUGUUUAAUGUCAGCUGAGACAUUUACUCUUGAAGAGAGUCGGCAGCCGGCCGAUUGGCCAUACUAACAACAGACUGCAUGAAGCAAAGUUAACAUUUCAAGAGUUCUAGGUUCAUCAACAGUGCCAUCUUGCCUUCUGGCUGCCCACAGUCUCCCAGUCACUUUGUGCAUGGACAUUCUAGCUUGUUCCUCACUUGAGCAAGCUGUCAUCAGGUCUAUAGAUGGCCAACGUCCCCAUAUGCCAGUUGUUGCACUGGUAGACAUUUCUGAGAACCUGAAUGUCAUUUCUUUUAAAUCAGGAAAUGGUUCCACCAGUGACCUCUGAUGUGGACCAACCACAAAGCUGCCUCCAGUUUUCCUACUCAUUGGUCCAACACUGUUACUUGCCUUGACUACAAAGCCCUGUUUUCUGCGUAAAACUUGUUGACUCUAUAUACACAUAUAUAUUUUUUUACUAUACUCGAUGAUUCUGACUUUUUUUCAUUGGCACGAUUCUAACAGAGCUUUCCCAUUGUUCUCCUUUUGAUUUGGUUUUAUUGGUUCCUACCCUUUACAAGUUGAUUUUGCCUGGGUUUGUGCUUAAGCUUGUAUAGAUUUAGGCUCUUUCUGCACUGAUGGGCAUGUCUAUCAACUUCAAAAAUAAAAUGCUCCCCUUUGCUCCCUUGGAUAACCAUGUCCAAUUUAGCUAAAAUCUAUAUUUAUUAGUCAACAAAGCACUGACACCCUUGUCUAUGUUCUUCAUAGCCUAUGGUCACAUUUCUAAAGGUUUCAUGGAGGGAUAAAUAUAGUACAUAUCUCUUGUUAGGUGCUUAAUAUACUAUCUUAUAUUCUUGAUUGUAUCUAUAAUAGAAAAUGAUAUAUAAGUGUAAAUAAUGGGUGGUGCUUUUGUCUUCUGCUCUUAAAGAAUGGAGUUCAGGCUUAGCUGCUUUCUGAUGCCUAUAUGGAGAACUCAGGGAUACCUACUUGCCACCACCAUCACCACCCUUACCAGGCUUCAGAAUCAAUUUUCUUCAACCCUGCAUUGAAAUAUACAACAUUUAUACAAGUGUUUGUCAAUACAUACGGCUUUCUAGCUUGGGGACCCAAAACCAUCAAAGGUGGACUUAUAAGAAUUAUACAUUCAUUUACAAAUAGGGUUGGGGUGUCCUGUAAAAUGCACUGAUGUUGGAAGAGAGACCCCAGGCAACAGGCAUUUGUUUAAAGAUUGAUGGGAAUGUCUAAUACUGAACAGGAAGAUCAAAGUCAUGAUUGGCAUUGGAACAGAACCCCUUGUAUGCAGUACCUAGAACCCUUUUCCCCCGUUCUGUAAUUUAUCUUCUUUAAAAGGUAGACACUUACAAUUUAUCAUUCUUCAUGUUUGUUCUCCUAGAGCAGUGAUCCCCAACCAGUGGCUCAGGGGUAACAUGUUGCUCCCCAACCCCUUGGGUGUUGCUCUCAGUGCCCCCAAACCAGGGAGUUAUUUUUGAAUUCCAGAAGUUUUGGUUGAAUAAAGACCCAGUAUAGUGCCAAACAGAGCCUUCUAUAGGGUACCAGUCCACAUAGGGGCUACCAAAUAGCCAAUCACAGCCCUUAUUUGGCACCCCAGGAGUAUUUUUCAUGCUUGUGUUGCGCCCCAACUCUUUUUACAAGUAAAGAAAGUUGGGGACUACAGACCUAGAGGCAUUAAGAACCUUCUAAGGUUCCAUCUGACAGUCCUAAACACAUCAACACAACACACAAUAUUAAGUAUUUGUUAUAGUUGUAACCAAAUGUCUCACCAUCAAAGGUUAUACCAUAAUAUUAUUCAUCAUCCCUUCUAAUAAAGCAUGUAAAGAGAUCCAUCACAACCUCCAUAUUGUACUUGUCCAUCCUCACCACCUUCGCUGAUUGGCUCCACACCCACGAAUGUCUGAAUACUAUCUGUAAUGGUCGUGCCAUUUUUAUACUAUUGGCUGAUGUCUCCUUAUACGCUGUUUCUAAUAAUGAAUAAACGUAUCCCAUACACACAA